CAGCUAAUUGGUCGCAUUUCUUGCUGCGUCGGACGGCCGUUUGCAGAAAAGAAUCUGGAUAUCUGAGAGGCUGUGAGGGCCGCAAUGACGCUCUCCAUUGUUGCGGUGGGCCAGUGCACAGAAGCAAGUUGAAUGUGCGGCUUAUGCUAUCAAGAUGGAAAAGCUGCAACAAAUACCUGUACCAAUGUCCGUCGCAAAGCUUGUCCACUCCCGCCAACCAGCCAGGGUCGCUGUCUUCGUACAGAGAAAGUCCUCGCUGUACACCAGUUCACCCGACCAGAUUGUCAAGAUCGCCUGCACUGCCCUCGAUAUCCCUGUCGAUGAUAGCCGCCCGACGUUACUUGUCGUCGAAAAAUGGGACAGACUGGAUGUUCUUGUCUUUGAUAUUUUCCACGUCGAGUACGACUUCUCCACAGCCCAUCUCGAGACCGACUUGCCUGUCAUCCUCGUCGACUACGGCAAACGUUAUUCCGUCAUCAAAGAUGCCCGUGCAGGAUUUAGGAAGGAGGCAACCGUGGCGUAGCAAAGCACCACAAUCUGAACGGCUGGGAACGCAAGCCUCCGUACAUCGCUGAUCAUACAGGACACAAUGUUCCGUCAUACCGCUACCCCCGAGAU